CCUCGCCAUCUCUAGUUCUUCUGCGAGUACUUAUAUUAGGGGCUCAUUCAUAUUCGUGCAAUAAUUCUGUCGGUCCUGGGUCAUUAAGUUGCAUCCAGACUGAGCACCGGGCUCCUCAAUCAUGGACUUCUUGAAGAAUCUAGCUGGGGGAAAGCCUUCUCAGGCUCCUGUCGCGGCCGAGGAUUCUGACUUCGCAGACUUUGCCGCCGCUCCUCCUCCAUCGCCAGCUUCAAUUCCAUCCUCCCCCGCCGAUGCGCAAGCUGCAUUGCCCACAGGGACAGAAGGAACUGGAGUCGUCUAUACAAAAUGGUAUCGAGUUUGGGAACGAACACAACUGUCCGACUUUACGAUGGAAGCCGUUAUAAUCCCAAUCAUCCUACUCGCACUUCUGGUACAUUUCUGGGGAACUCGGCGGAACUCGAAGAAAGCAAAGAAGUGGAUGGCUGUCCAUGCGCCUUUGCUGGAGCGAGAAUUUGCUCUCGUCGGCUACAGCCAAGUGCCCAAAGUGACGCCAUACGCUGAGGGCGUUCAAGGCGACAAUUUACUGACGGCGAGCGCGAAACUGAGUGGCGACAAUGUCCCAGAGGAUAUGCUCAAGGAGAAGGCUGCUUGGGAAUAUCAGACCUAUGCCACUGGACGACAGAAUGCUGCAUUCGUGGACGUCACGAUCUACCUGAAGAGGCGGAUGAACCCGAUGAUGAUGAUUGCGGAACAAAUUGCAGGCAUGGUCAUGGAGUCUGUUAAGCCGAAGCCGGAAAGAAUGGAGGCUGUUCUGUACGCGUUCGACGGGAAGGAGAAGGAAUUCGUCCCACCGCCGGUGCCAGGCUCAGAGGAAACCGGCAAGACCAAAUCUGUGGGCAACUCGAGCUACGAUGCAUUUGUAUUCGCCAUUGUCAACAAGAUGGCCAUGCGGAAACUUCGAGAGGAGCGCUACGAUCUGUCUCUGACAUUCACCAAAGAUCAUCCGAAAUUGCCGAACUGGGUGACUGUCAUGAGCGAGAGUGGCGAGGUCACGGACCUGAUGUUGACUAAGGACUUGAUAGAUGCCGUCGACAAAGCUGGAGAUUACUUCGAAUAUCUCAUUGUCACGGAUCAACCUAUUGACAAGCCUACGAACCUCAACGAGACGACUCCGAAGAAACGUCUACAACUUUGCUUGAGACUGCCAUCGAACGGCGAUUAUCUUCCAACCCUGCCGAUUUUCCAGGCUUUCUUGAGACUCCCGGAUUUCCUGGUCAGCUCUGCCAAGCUGAGACCUGAAGUCCAUCGGAAGAUCAAUGCCAUUCGCGAGGAGGAGAAGAACAAGCUGAAGAAGAUAAGCGAUAAGGAAGCGGAAGAAGAGCGACUUCGGACAGUGGAUAAGAUGAAGAAGGAGGAGAGGGAUCGUAAGCUGAAAGGGAUGACUGCUGAGGAACAGAGAAAGUUUUUGGAAAGGGAGAACGAGAAGCAGCGGAAGAAGAAUGAGAAGAAGAUGACCCGACGGGGAUGAUGGCUUUGAAUCCAAUGCUUUGGUGAUUCUCUUGGACAUACUAUUACUCAUGCCUGUUGGAUAUCAAGCGACAGGAAGUUAUGCUACUCAUAGCUACUCAUAGCUACUCAUAGCUACUCAUA